CCUUAACAGCGUGACACUAACAGAACCUUCUAUAACAACUCCUUCAACAGUUGUUCCAGUGAUUAGCAAGGAAACUAUAACCACCACCGAGACGCCCACAACUCUGCUUGAAUCAAACAAUACAAAUCUGUCCUAUCAUCUUUUCUUGGAAAAGGUCAGUUCUAACGACGCUGCAGAUCUAUGUAACUCAUUCGAUAUGAAGAUAGCAACGAUAGAAUCAGAACUUAUCUAUAACUUAGUGAAGGAUUAUCUCCAUAGUGUUGACAUGGGAAGCGGAUGUAUGUGGAUCGGACUUUAUUGGGAGCUACAAACAUUACGUCACGUGUGGGACGAUGGUGAACCCCUUACCUGGGCACAAUGGUAUAAUGGUGCCCCUUCUUGUACGCAUCCAACGUAUGAUACUCACUGCAAUGGUAUUGAAAGAAACUGUGUGUCCUUCACUCGGCACUUUAAUUUCAGAACUAAGGAUUGUAAUGGAACGUGUUAUAUGUUAUGCGAAAGUAACAGGUCACGUAUAGAUAUAACAACAAAUAAUAUUAACUUAACACUGUCGUCAGCCACACCUACAGAGAUAACAACAAGUAAUAUUAACUUAUCACUGUCGUCAGCCACACCUACAGAGAUAACAACAAGUUAUAUUAACUUAACACUGUCGUCAGCCACACCUACAGAGAUAACAACAAGUAGUAAUAACUUAACACUGUCGUCAGCCACACCUAUAGAGAUAACAACAAGUUAUAUUAACUUAAUACUGUCGUCAGCCACACCUACAGAGAUAACAACAAAUAGUAAUAACUUAACACUGUCGUCAGCCACACCUACAGAGAUAACAACAAGUAGUAAUAACUUAACACUGUCGUCAGCCACACCUACAGAGAUAACAACAAAUAGUAAUAACUUAACACUGUCAUCAGCCACACCUUCAGAGAUAACAGCAAGUAAUAUUAACUUAACACUAUCGUCAGCCACACCUACAGAAGAAAUGUCUGCGACAUCAGAGAUUACAAACGUUAUAACAGCAUCUCCGGCUUUGAACACUUUUAUAUGGAAGGUUGGAGCAUGGUCAUUCCAUUACAUUCACCUUGAUAAUGAAGACGUGAAUUUGACCCAUGCACUACAACUAUGUAAAGAGAAGAACAUGGACAUCGUUAUAAUCAAAGAUGAAGGUAGAUUGGAGAAUAUAAAGGAUAUCAUUCAGUAUCUACAACUUAAUGGGAUUAAUAACACUGGUUAUUGGAUCGGUAUGGUAUGGAACGAAAACAUCCAAGAGCACAAAUGGCUCGACAAUUAUACACUUACAUGGACUAAGUGGGCUGAUGAAGAACCGAAAUGCACGGGAGGAAGGAUAGCGUUGUGGUCAGCAAUGGGGCCAUCAUCUUGUCAAGGAAAAAUACAAAAUUGUGUUGUUUCUGAUGGCUCUUUUUUUAAGACUAGUAGCUGUUCUAGUCUACAUAAAGUCAUUUGUCAACAAUAUAUACCUGUGAUUGCAGCAUCAAAUGAUGAGACACGGCCAAAAGUUCUCAACUGCAAAUGUCCUAUGCAGAAAAUAAAUCAGAAAUGGCACUUUCUUGAUGGAACUAACAUUUCGGAAGCAAAAGUUGAAAAGUUGGUACAGAAAGACUUUGAAGAUAAUGUAAAGGAAUAUAUAAGUGUUAACAAGUCAGUGCUGUCAAGCGUUAUUCAGAAAAGGAAUUCUAUAGAUGAUAAAAGGCCCGAAUCUAAAGCAAUAGGAUGGUCGGCAACACUGUUUGUAGCAGUCCCAGUUACCUUUAUUAUAAUAGUUGAUGUAAUAGACAUGAUGAGAUAUUUACGUUCACCAUAGCUUUUAAUAUUCUGGGAUUCAAACACCACAUGACUGAGUGUAGAUUUGAAUGUUAGUUUAGACAUGCGCAAGAAACAAGA